GAACUAACCAUUUCUGCUAACAAUUGUGGUAAUAACAAUCAUCAGAAAAAGGCAAUGAAACUCAAAACAAGUAUGAAAUCACAAGUCGAAAGUUAGUAUAAUAAAUGUGGUAUUAUGUACAAUCAGAAUGGCAUAGAUGAAGCCAGAAUUUUGUUCAGGAAAGCAUUUCCCUAUCUGUCGCCAUCUGAAAGUGGAACAGUAAAGUAUAUAAAUCUGUCAGUGAGUAUGUGCUGUGUUGUCAAUCGGUGGCCUAGGUAAAGGACACGGGUAUGAAAAACAUUAUUUUCAGUCAGAACAAAUCAGAGAGCAUCCAGACAUUCAUUGUACAUCGGAGCGAGCAGGAUAUCUUCCAUGUUUUUUGUGCAUCCGUGUAAUAGAAAUGAAUUAGUGUGAAAAAAUAUGGAAUGAUUUUAUGGUGACGAGAUUAUCAAAAUUGAGUGGAAGGCCUGUAUUUGUUGAUUGAUUAUUUUGAAGCCCGGAAUAUCCAUUGUAACACCUUGUCACAUUAGAUGCAAAUUAUGAACCACCAAACAUAUCAUAACUUUGGAGAAAACAUUGGAUCUUUACAUUUGCCUCGAUUUAUACAUCGGUCCAGUUUCAACAUGUGGGGUUAAAAUAAGAGCGCAAUCAACGCCGGAAGUGAAUCCCUAAGCGUAUAAUACUAAAACUAAGCUAAACAAUUACUCUAAAAUCAAAACUUAGUCACCCUACCCGUUGGUUUCGGGCCAAACUAAUUUCCACUCACGGAAAAAUGGCCCCUUUUAAACUCAAGUUCCGCAUGGGUAGUGGUUCUUCUCGUAGCACCUCACAGGAGCAGGAUGUCGUAGUAGACAGUCAGGCCAAUCAGAUCACUUCAAACUAUAUGAAUAGUAACACCUUGGGUACUAGUUAUGGUAGCAGCACCACCUUAGAUUCCGAGCAGAAUAAUGAUAGCUUAGUAUCGAUGAACAACGAUCAACGGGCCCUGAUUCGGGACCGGAACUCGUCCGAUGAACAUAUAGGAUACGUCAAUCCUUCACUGACUCAUACUGAAAACAACACGAUACCACUGAGUCCUCCACCAUCCUAUGAACAUGUCCUAGAGGAAAAUCGACUUGCUGCUUUAGAUAAAGAAAACAACAAAACAUCGACACUGAAUCUAUCCCUAUCCAGUUACGAAAUGUUUGGAAGUAGUCAACAACUGAGUGUCAUCUCAACAGGGUCGGAACAACAACAACAAAGUUCCGACCAACAGCAGCAGCAGCAUCACCAUCACCAGACAACAACGACCGCAACAAAAAAACAGGAAAGUGUCGAUUCAUCACUGUAUUCAUGCAGUUCGGCAACAUCACCUUCGCAGGAGAACCUUCUCAUGUGUACUGGUUCCUGUGAUCCACUGUUCAGUACAUCCAAUCAGGAACAGAUGGGUCAAUUAGUUGAGGAGAUGGAGGAUAUGCACAUCGAGGAAACUUGCCUUUCAGCGGACAACCAUGACGACGAUUCUUACUCGGAUGAGUGUCAUUCGUACGAUGCACAUGCUUAUGAGGGAACAUCUGCCGCAUCGAUACCGACUCAACCGGAAAUCAAAGGUCCCGAAAUACUGUACAAAUCUAGCAAACAGUUGUACAAAGCAGUCGCCAAAGAGUGUGGCAUCACUUGUAAAAUGUCUGACCAAUGUCGAUGUUUGGACUGCCAGAGUCGCUAUUUUGACUGCGAGUAUGACCAGAACGAAAAUGAAAAAACUGACGGUGGGUUGGGUGCAGGUACGCCUAUGUUCAUUAGUGAAGUUAUGCAUGGUACGGCUUGCACUAUUCUCUAAGCCGUUAAACCAUCGAUCUUUCAUCCAACGGAAGCCUAAAGAUCCUAAAAUUAAAACUAGUCAUCAAUCACUAGGUCACGAAUAUAAGAAACAAGACAAAUGCACAAAUCUUACAGCAUAACUGUUAAAACAUAAUACAUUUAAAUAAAUAAAGCCUUUUGAAGCAUUUUUAUCUCACCAACAAAAGAACUAGAUUUCCAAAGCGAAGAAAUAACAAAAAUUUAAAAUUUCAGCGUCGACUGUAUAGCUAUAGUAGAAUCACAUUAUGAGCAACUACUAGUUAACAUACUGUUGAAUUACGAAUAGCUAUGAAUAUCCACUCCAAUCGAUGUAUUGAACGAUAACAUAAGUGAAAAUUGGUGUUGCAGCUACUAGUUUGAAAAUAUAAAUAUGCCAAGGAUUUAAGAGAAAAGUUGAUGGAACUAAUGUUCUCAAUUUAUGUAUGGCCUUGACAAAAUGACCGGUAAUAUAAAAAUAUAGGUGUAUAGAACUGUAACAUUGUGUCAUACAAAAAAACCCAACCUAUACUCUAUGAAAAUAAAAAUUCUUUUUCUAUAUUGAUUUAAGUUAAGUUGAUCAGUCCUAAUAAGAGAUAGCUUGGAAUGAAUUUUAAAAUAAUUAGUCUCAUUUACGUUAUGAACAUCAAUAAAUAAAAUUUAUUUACAAUUCGAUAGCAGUCACUGGAUCAACAAAACUGAUAUCCUAAUUUGUAUGUACUAUACAACUGUAUUAACGAUGCAUAUGUCCUCGUAAAUGUAAUAUAUGUACAAUGGAAGCAGGUUCAAAGCGCGCCUGUACUACUGCAGAAUUGUAUUUCAUUGCCAUCCAAAAGUUUUGUAUACAGUUUUAUAAAACCAAAAAUUAUUUUCCUUUGACACAAAUUUAAUCAUUUAUCGGGAAAUUCAAGAAUUAUAUAAGUCUUAGUAAACUCCGUUAAGUUUUAAACACAAAAUAAGUAAUUUACACCAAAUGUCUGGUUUGCUCAGUUGUUGAAACCAACGAUAGGAAUUAGCAAUUCAACAGAACUCGUGUUUAGAAUUGUUUAGUUUUUCUUUGAGGAAUGUAUACCUUCACUUAAACAGGAUUCCAAAUAUUAUUAAGCCUCUCCUAUCAGCUAUAAGUUUUCAAAACGAACUUUAAGUGCACUAUUUUAUUAACAAAACUAUGUUUCAAUGAUUUAGAACAAUAAAGUAUCCAUACAAAUUGACAA